AAAUAAAUGGGCAAUAUUUAGAAGCAAUCUAGCUAGAGACAAAGUACGUAGAGUUAAUGUUGUGUUAUUCUCAUGUCUAAGAAACUGCGAGUAAGGAGACGCACUAUGACGGAGGAGUCAUCAGAUAGUGUGUUGAGUGAAGAAGAAGUGGAGAGAGUGACUAUUAUGAGCGAGGGAGAGGACAGCGGCAUCUCUGAGCUAGGACCUGAGGAACACACUAACCCAGGGACAAAGCCUGAGAAACUCUGUACUGUACUACUACAAGUGGGUAUUCCAUUUGUCAUCGCUGGGUUUGGUAUGAUGGCUGCUGGUCUCCUACUAGAUGCUGUCCAGCACUGGACUGUGUAUCAAGAGGUGAAUGAGAUCUUUAUUUUAGUGCCUGCUUUGCUGGGUCUCAAAGGAAACCUUGAAAUGACGUUAGCCUCAAGACUAUCCACUGCUGCUAACUUAGGUCAACUGGACUCUUGGGCAAAUCGCUUCAAACUAGGUUGGGGCAAUCUCGCUCUCAUUCAGGCACAAGCUCUGGUAGUGGCAGGACUGGCUACAGUGUUCUCUCUAGUGUUGGGAAGAGACUUGGAAGUAGCCCAUCAGUUGAUGUUAGGAGCCUCUGCAAUGGGUGCUGCCUCAGUGGCUAGUGUCAUAUUAGGCUCCAUCAUGAUACUGGUUAUUAUACUAUCACACAGUCUGAGUAUCAACCCAGACAAUGUAGCCACUCCAAUAGCAGCAGCUCUUGGAGAUCUGGUCACUCUCGGCCUGCUCUCAUUACUAGCCAGGGGACUGUAUGACUUGGGAGACCAUACUAUCUCUGCAGCUACUACAGACUCUGCAUUGAGCUCAUCUAUCAAUGUCACAUUGGAACAAGGUAAUCAUGUUUUGUAUGAGAUAGAAUUGACUUUAUAUUAUAAUACAGGUUCCGUCAUAACUGCUUCUAGUUGUAUAUUGGUGGGGCUAAUAGUCCUGAUACCAUUGUGGAUGGCAUUUGCUUAUCGGAACACUUCAACCAGAGCUGUUCUUUUCAUUGGCUGGGUUCCUGUGAUUGUGGCCAUGUUAAUUAGUAGUUCUGGUGGAUGGGUCCUGUCCUUUGCAGUCAAUAAAUGGAAGGGCAUUGCAGUGUAUUCUCCCAUCAUCAAUGGUGUGGGCGGUAACCUAGCGGCUGUGCAAGCUAGUCGCAUAUCAACAUCACUACAUCAAACUGCUCACUCUCCUGGUCAACCUCUGACCUCUGACCUCCAAUACAAAGGACCUUGUAGCUCAUUCUUCUCUAAGCAGAAUAUUCACGCUCGCACUGCACGCAUACUCAUAAGCCUGGUGAUACCUGGAUCUAUUGUGUUCUUAUCAGUCAUCCAACUAGUAGGAGCUGGGCACACAACGCAGUCUUAUCUCUUUGUAGUGGGCUACAUGGUCUGUGCUCUCAUACAGGUAGUGCUGCUGCUGCUCAUUGCUGACUGGGGAGUGCACAAGAUAUGGAGCUGGGGUUAUGAUCCUGACAAUAUUGCCAUACCCUUCCUGACUGCUCUAGGGGACCUACUAGGAACUGGAUUACUGACUCUUGGUUUUUGGCUCAUGUGGCUGGUUGGAGACAAAGACGAUGAUGUGGGGGAUUAGCAACAACUCAGUCCCAUUCAUCCAGUCUCUUUAUUGCUCAUAAAUUAUAAUGUUAAUUUUCCUUCAGAUACAAACAGUAUGUAUUACAUAUAAUUUUAUAAUGACAAAC